AUGAAGCUCCCGGUUGUAGCCACGGUUCUUUUAAUCUCUGCACUUUGUGCAAGAGAAACGGAUGCACAGGUGAGAUGGAAACGGACUUCUAGUAGAACUGCAUCAGCUUUUAAUUGGAUGCUAGUGGGGGGAGGUUGGGGGGGGGGACCUAAACCAAUGUGAAUCUAAAGUGUCAUGUUAUUUAUUGACCAGAAGCCCCGAACCCAGCUUGCUCGGGAAUUAUCAAAAACAAUUUUUUAAAAAUAAAAAUUGGAACUAGUGGUUAAAAUCAGGACAGUUUUUAAAGGUUCAGUUUGCCCUCUUGAUUCAAAAUGUCAUCUGGUCCAAACAUAGAUGACAACCUGCUCCUUCAUCUCAGGAACCAUCAUGCAAGAUUUAGUUAUGGUAGCUUAAGAAGUGUCCAAAUGAAUAGCGAACAAACAGUUUUCCAAAAUAAUUAAUAGAUACCUGUGCUUGCCUUCAGUGAUGGAAGUCAAGGCACUGUUUAUAAAAACCAGAGAGUUUUGAGAGGGCAUCUUGCUUGUAAGAAGAAGCAGUGGGGGCCAGUGUGGUAACUGUGUUAGUUGACUUAUCUCAGUUUCUCAUUUCUCUUUAGCUUUGUUCUCCAAGUAGAUUGCAUUAAAGAAAAAUGUAAUUCUGAAAAUUCAUCAGCAUUUCAUUACGAAUUUCUAAAUUUUACAUGUUUGCAAGCAAUUUCCCCUAAUAUACACAUUUCUGCAAGGCAGUACCCCCCAGUGUAAUACAUUUUGUAUGCUGUUUUCACUAAUGCUCACACUUUACCCUGGUAUUGUGCAUGCAUGUUUGUACACAUUACCUGGCUGGUAAUUUGGAAGGGUGACUGCAUUUCAGUUUGCGCAUUGUUUUGGAAAGGGCAGAUUAGGAUGGUUUGCUUUUAAAUACAACCAAUUUGAAUUUCGUUGCCACUCCUUGCAACAUGGAAGGUAACUGACUGAAGUGGGGAGCUUUGGGUUAAAACCUUGUUUUCCUGUAUGUUAAUGUCUCCCAAUUGUGGAGAGGGCUUGAGUCCACAUACAGUGCUUCCAGAGAAUGCAACAAACCCUUUUGUGCUCGGAUAUAAGAGAGUAACUAAGGCAGAACUCCUAUUUGCACUUACCAGGGCAUAAGUCCCAUUGAACUCAAUGGAAGUUACUUUUGACUCUGAAUAGGAAUGAAUAGGAUCGUACUGUGAAUCCAGCUUGCAAAUAAUGGCUUAUGUCACAGGGUCUAUUUCAAAUUAAAUUCAUGGAAACUAACAGCAUUGUUUCAAUUGUUUUGUUAUAGCAGUGGAAUCCUGGUUUUGGUGCCUCCGUAAGUACGACACAUUUUGUCCAUCUGCUUUUGUUAUGCUUUCUCUCAAAAAGGAUGCUACGCGAGUAGGAUCUGCGACAAAACACCCUCACUUGUUUAACAGGACCAGUCCUGUUCUGGGCUAGAAUUAGCCAUCUUCUUCCAGGGUCCUACUUGAUCAGACCAAAGACCCAUCUAGUCCAGCAUCCUGUUCUCACAGUGGCCGAUCAGAUGCCUUUGAGAAGCUCCAAAGCAGCGCAUGAGUAGAACAGCAACUCUCCACACUUGUGAUGCCCAACAACUGAAGGCAGUACACAGCUCUUGUGGCUAGUAGUAGCAGAAGCCUUAGCCCUCCACGAAUUUGUCGAACUCCCCUUUUAAAGCCAUCCAAGCUUCCAGCUAGCACUAAAUCCUGUGCUAGCAAAUUCCAUGCUUCAGCUAUGCACAGGGUGAAGCAUCCUCAUGCUGGGGAGAAGAGUGGGCUGGAAAGGUUGCACUCAUGCUCCUCUUGUGGGUUUUCAUGAAAAAUAAAAUUCAUGUUAUAUUUUUAUUUUAAAAGAAGACAUUCUGCCUCUUCUUACCCUGGGCUGGGCUGGUCAGCUUACAGGAUCCUAUCAAAAGCACUGGACCUGCCUAAGCUGUUAUUUUCCUCCUGGAAAGGGCUUUUCCUGGAAUGAUCAGUUUUUGUGCAAAUAAAUUUCCACGUGGAGGCAGCCAAGAGCUAUAGAUAGGGAUGGAAUUUCCUGCAAAUCUCAACAGCAAGCUUAUCCACACUGAUUUUUGGUUUCGUUGUGGGGAUGUAAGGCAGGCAAGGAAAAGGACUGAACCACCUUUGUCUCUUGAUCUUUUACAGGUUAGUUAUUCCGGCCCAAAUGUGCCUCCUCCACCUCCGCCUCAGCCUCCUCCUCCAGUAAGUAUAAGAAAGUUUUCUUUGGGUCACUGUGACUCUGUGCUAUGAGGUAUGAAGCUACAUAGCUCAUUAUAUCAAUUGGUAGUACCUUAUUCAGGGGAGGGUGUUUAUCAGAGGCUGCACCUGGAGCAAGGUCUGAGAUGGUCGCUGUCUUCAUUCUGCUCUUUGUUCUCUUAGGUUGCUUAUACACCAUGCAUAUAAAGCAAAUUUAAAGCUCACACAACCCCCAAAUCUUGGGAAUUGAUGUAUGUUAUGGGUUCUGGGAAUUGUAGCUUUGUGAAGGGUAAAUUACAGUUUCCAGAGUUCUUGGGUGGUGUUGGGGAUGUACGUUUAUGCAACAAUUUUUUUUGAAUAAUAUUUGAACAGGGAGGGCAUUCUGGGACAGGGAGCCACCACUGAAAAGGCUCUCUCUCUCUCUCUGGUCUUCAGUUGGUGGUUCUGCUUGGCAUCACUGUAAUUUCAUUGUGAAGAUGUGAGUGUGACAAAUAAGCUGUGCUUCUUGAUCUUUUUCAGGGUUCUUACGACGGCCAAAAUUCGGUAAGUAUGAGAAACGAUUCCUUGGACGAUUCAGAGUAUGGGUUAUCAGACAAUUUCGCUCAACUUAUACACCCUCAGAUAGCUACUGAAAAGGUUUUCUCUCUGAUCUCCAGCCACCACACUGCAGAUGGAGGGGGAAUCUGGAGAACGACCUUUUCCAAGGUUGAUUUGAUUCCCCACCUCGUUCCCAAUCUUUACUCCCCUCUUGUUCCUGAUGUAGAUCUUUAUUUCUCCCUUGCUUGUGAUGUUGAUCUUCACCCACCCCUUCUUCCCUGGCAGGGCAGGUGGGCCUUUUUGUGGUUUGGCUCAGGUGGCAAAAUGUCUUGGGCCGACCCUGGCUCCAGAGCACACAUCAUGCUGAAUUAUAGCUGUUUGUGGCUCCCUGCCAUUGCAUGGAUGAACCAGUACUGACAGUGGCUGGCCCCAGUUUUUUAAGGACCUGGACUUGGCUCGUCAAUACGUGCUGUGGUUCUGCUUGAUUUCCAUUGUGCUUCUGUAGGGGUGAUGUCUGGUGGGCAAGAGACAGAACGGAGCAACUUGCUGACAUAUCUUGGUCUUUUUCAGGCCUAUCUCGGUGUUCAGGCCCAACCUUGGCAGCCUCAACCUGCCUCAGUAAGUAUGAGAAACUCUUCUUUGGAAGAUUCUAGGUUCUUUGAUAUGGGGCGUUAGACUAUGCAGCUUGGUUUAGAUAUCACUUAGUAGUACAUGGCUCAGAAACUGAGCAUUGGGAAAUCAGCUGGAGCGGACUCUGAGGCAACCUUCACUUGUAUCCCUCUCUUCACUCUCUUAGUUCUUCAAAGUUUUUGGUAAUACAGUGGUACCUUGGGUUAAGUACUUAAUUCGUUCUGGAGGUCCGUUCUUAACCCGAAACUGUUCUUAACCUGAAGCACCACUUUAGCUAAUGGGGCCUCCUGCUGCUGCCGCGCUGCCGGACCACGAUUUCUGUUCUUAUCCUGAAGCAAAGUUCUUAACCCGAGGUACUAUUUCUGGGUUAGCAGAGUCUGUAACCUGAAGCGUAUGUAACCUGAAGCGUAUGUAACCCGAGGUACCUCUGUAAUGGUAAUGAAGGCACCAGGAGGACCUCCCUGGAGAAGGCAGGGAGUCACCAUCAAAAAGGUUCUCUCUCUGGUCUGCACCCACCACACUUCAGAUGGAGGGGUUGUCUGGAGAAACGCCUAAGGUGACAAUCUCAGUUGAUACAAGAGAAGGCAGGCAAGCAGGUAUUUGGGUUAGUGCUUUUAAGGAUAAGAGAAGCACUUUGAAUUAAGCUUGGAAACUCAUUUUAAAUGGAGUGGAAAUAUGUAAGGAUGCUUAAAACAGAGUUCACAGACUUUUUUGCGUGUGAGGGCCACAUUCACUGUUCAUCAGCCCUCUGAGGGCCGCAUGCCAGUGGUGGGCGUGGCCAAAAUGAAACCCAUGCAGGUGCUCCAGGUUUCCCUGCUUAUUUGGUUUAUUUAUAUUGUAUCCAAGGCACUGAUACCCCCAGCUUUUAGUCAAAAAGACUGACGUGCAGAAAUCUCCAUCAAAGACAGUCCCUGCCCCCAGACUCACAAACUAAAAAGACAUGGCAAUCUAAAGACAAUCUAAAAAGACCAGAGAUUUACAGAAGAUUGGAAGAAGUAUGUGAAUUACUUGAAAAGCAACUGUAAUCAACAAAUUACGCCAGUAGGACUACAAGAAGUUUUGUAAGGAGAAAUAUACGAAGUGUUACAAAGUAGAAAAAGAGAGAGAGAAUGGUUAUGAGUUUGAAAUGAAAUAGGGAAAAUAAGAGAUUAGACUGGAAAAUUUUCAGACAGGACUGAUGGAAGUCAAAAAAAUUGAAUAAGAUGUAAAAGUAUGUUUAAUUACUGUUGAAAAUGAUAUGUUAAAAAACUAAUAGAAAUUUAUAUAUAUAUAAAAUAAAAAAUAAAAAGACAUGGCACAUGAGGAAAGAGGACUGGGGAGGGAGGAGUGAAAAGCAAGCUCAAGCACAAGUUCUUCAAGUUACAGUUCGUAUAGUUCUGCCCAUGAUGCUGUCUCAGAUGCAACAGUAAAGACAGGUGUCACAUUUCCUCCAUAUAGUGUUGUUUCAUUUAUUUAACAGCCAGAGGAUGGUUUUAAUAUUUAUUUAAACACGGCCCUGUUCUGUGCUAGCUGCCUCACGCACAACUCACACAUGCAGUCUGCCUCUAGCUGAGCAACUGGUAUUCAGGAGCAGUUUAUGGAGAUGUGUGUCUGGCCAGAACUGAGUAACCUGUGCGUUUUGAUCUUUUCCAGAAUUAUGGCGGUGGCCCAAAGGGUUGCCAUCUUGUGGUUUGGCUCAGGUGGCAAAAUGUCUUGGGCCGACCCUGGCUCCAGAGCACACAUCAUGCUGAAUUAUAGCUGUUUGUGGCUCCCUGCCAUUGCAUGGAUGAACCAGUACUGACAGUGGCUGGCCCCAGUUUUUUAAGGACCUGGACUUGGCUCGUCAAUACGUGCUGUGGUUCUGCUUGAUUUCCAUUGUGCUUCUGUAGGGGUGAUGUCUGGUGGGCAAGAGACAGAACGGAGCAACUUGCUUACGUAUCUUGGUCUUUUUCAGGCCUAUCUCGGUGUGCAGGCCCAACCUUGGCAGCCUCAACCUCCCUCAGUAAGUAUGAGAAACUCUUCUAAGUUCUUUGAUAUGGGCCAUCAGAUUACGUGGCCAGUUUAGUAGUUCAUGGUUCAGGGUGGUCAGGAAGUGCAGCUGCAGCAGACUUGCGAGGUGGUCUUCCCCUCUCUUUGCUAUUAGUUCUCAAAUGUCACCUGUGUGAUAUUAAUGACAGUGCCAGGGGAGCCUCCCUUUUAAAAUGUGUCAGGGAGGGGAGAUUAUUGGGUUGUUCUUGUUUUUAUUUUGAUUAUGUGUUUUUAUACAGUGGUACCUCUGGAUGCUAACAGGAUCCGUUCUGGAGCCCCGUUCACAUCCUGAGCAGAACGCAACCCACGUCUGCGCAUCUGCGCGUGCGUGGGUCGCGAUUUGUCACUUCUGCGCAUGUGCAUGACGUCAUUUUGAGUGUCUGCACAUGCGCGAGCGGCGAAACCCGGAAGUAACGCAUUCCGUUACUUCAGGGUCGCCACAGAGUGUAACCUGAAAACGCUCAACCUGAAGCGACUUUAAUCCAACGUAUGACUGUAUUGUGAUUUUAUGUUGAGAACUGCCCUGAGACUUGCAAGCAUAGGGUGGCAUUACAAAUUUAAUAAAUAAUAAUAAUAAUGGCAUUCCAAGGUGAGGAGCUGCCACUGAGGUCUCCAGUAACAGUAUUGGAUCCAGGUGUUCUUCCAAGGGAGUACAAGCCUACAGGGCCUCCAUCUUCUCAGCAUUCAGCUUCACCCUAUUGUUUGUCAUCUAGACGAAACUAAACCAGGGACACCAGUCCAGGGUUUGACCCGUGGACCCUGAAACCCGCCCCCCAUGGGAAUAAUUGGCCCCCUGUGGUGAUAAGUUCCUCACCCCUACCAUAUUUAUUUAUUUUUAUUUCACAACGUUUAUAGGACUCUUCUGAUUGUCGUAAAACCUCUAGGCAGCUUGCAAACCUUAGGGAAGGCUUGUCCAUAUAUUCAGUUCUGAUUGCUGUGAGAGAAAGCAGGAUCAGUGAAUUUAUCUUUUAAUUUUCGUAGCAGGUGGGCUUGUACGUUGGCUCCCCUGGCCCGGUGAGUAUGACCACUUCUUUGACCUCCUUGUGUAAUAUCUCCAUUUUAACUUAUUUCUGCUGGGUGGAUACACUCACGAGCUCUUGCUCGAUUUUCUUGCAAGUUGGAGCUUUCUGACUGGCAUUAACAAUUUCCCUUCCCCCCCCCAAGUCCAGAAGAAUCUGCUUGAGACUAUAUUCCUUGUGCAGGAAUGAAAUUUGUGUAGCGGGAAUCAGUGUGCUCUGAGCUGACCCGAUGCCUCCAUUGAAAUGCAUAGAUUAGUGAAAACACCACACAAAAUACUUUCUGUUAAGCAAAAUUGUACGCAAACGUGUACAUUUGGAGGACUAGCACUAAAAUACUGAUUCAUUUCCAUGAGGACUUUUUCAAAAAUUGCAAAUGCGAAGUUUCAAAAUUGCAAAUGCGAAAAUUGCAAAUGCGAAGUUUCAAAAUUGCAAAUGCGAAAAUUGCAAAUGCGAAGUUUCAAAAAAUGACAAGCUGAUAUUGACAGAUUUGCCUAUCCCGAACUACAAAUCCUCCCUAACGGGAAUAGGGACUGGGUUAUUUAUUUACCAUCCAAAACAUUUAUAACCUGCUUCUCCUGACCAGAUUAACUCAAAAGCUGGGCUUGUUGGAACAGGGAUGGGGCAAGGGAAAUGUGUUGGCAACGUCAGGGAACGUUUGGGUUGGCCAUGGUCAACGGCAAAGCCAGGUGUCUCCCAGCCGUGCUGCCUUGCCUCGUCUCGCCUCACCCAACAAGCACAGUACUGCCACUGCCUUCACCCCACCACUCACAUGCUACUUCUGCAUGCUGGCUUGGGCUGAUGGGAGUUGAAGUCAAACAACAUCCGGAGGUCGCAGGUUCCCCAUCCCCACUGGGCCCUCUUUGCUGUAAUAAAGGUAAAGGUACCCCUGCCCCUACGGGCAAGUCUUGACAGACUCUAGGGUUGUGCGCUCAUCUCACUCUAGAGGCCGGGAGCCAGCGCUGUCCGCAGACACUUCCGGGUCACGUGGCCAGCGUGACGAAGCUGCUCUGGCGAACUGGCACCAGAGCAGCACACGGAAGCGCCGUUUACCUUCCCGCUAUAAAGCGGUACCUAUUUAUCUACUUGCACUUAAGGGUGCUUUCGAACUGCUAGGUGGGCAGGAGCUGGGACCGAACGACAGGAGCUCACCCCGCCGCGGGGAUUCGAACCGCCGACCAUACGAUCGGCAAGUCCUAGGCGCUGAGGUUUUACCCACAGCGCCCCAGCGUCCCAUCUUUGCUGUAACAGUUUGGUAAUAAACCAAUUUAUUUGGAGAAUCUGUGGUCACCCACGUGUUGCCCACUGUAAGCCCCAUCAUCCCUGGCCAUUGGCCAUCCUGAAUGGGGCUGCCAGAAGUGAGAGGCCAACAAAAUUUGGAGGACCACAGCUUCCCUAUCCUUGGCACAGGUGGAAGCACACCUGUUCACCAAUGAUUGAGUGUCAUGGGAUACCUGCAACAACUUGGGUUUCUGUGAACAGGCUUCUUUUUAAUAUGAAAAGGGAAAGAGUAUAAAUUACAAUUAGAGGGAGGAAGAUGCGUUUCUCUCAUCCAUCCAAACACGUUUUAUAAAUAUGCGUGUGUGUGUGUGUAGAUACACAAACACCCCAUCACUGAUAUUUUAAAAGCUGGGAAGAGGAGGUGCCAUUUGUUUUCUAAAAAGAAGUUUGUGGAAACAAAACCAACAAUUCUUUAUUUCUUUCUGUAGCAGGGCUCUGGCUACUCUGGCAGUCCAGGGGCUCGUCCUUACCCUCCUCCCCCUCCUCCCCAAAACGGCUACCCUGGCUCGGUGAGUAUGAGAAGUCCUUUUCUGUCUUCCCUAUCUUUUCAUAGAAACCAUGUGAGCUGUCUGAUCCUAGUCCUGCCGAUUUCCAUGUCAUCCCUCUGUCCAAACAAGUGCUGCCUAGGACCCCAGCCCAAAUCUUUGGGCAAGGGUCAAUUAUAUAGGCUCACCAAUCAGUGAUCCACUGGGUUGCCAGGCCAGAGGUAUCCCAGACCCUGAGACUUCAGGCCCCAAACCUGAAAUCUAGGGGUGGUGAAAUAUUGCUUGAGGGAUUCUAUGUCAGCUACAACUCCUAAACAGAUCUACCUGAAACCAACAAGCAUGUUUAACACUGAGGUCCAGCACCGAGGGCCUUCUGGCGGUUCCCUCACUGCGAGAAGCCAAGUUACAGGGAACCAGGCAGAGGGCCUUCUCGGUAGUGGCGCCCUCCCUGUGGAACGCCCUCCCAACAGAUGUCAAAGAGAACAACAACUACCAGACUUUUAGAAGACAUCUGAAGGCAGCCCUGUUUAGGGAAGCUUUUAAUGUUUGAUGUAUUACAGUAUUUUAAUAUUUUUUUGGAAGCUGCUCAGAGCGGCUGGGGAAGCCCAGCCAGAUGGGCGGGGUAUAAAUAAUAAAUUAUUAUUAUUAUUAUUAUUAUUAUUAUUAUUAUUAUAUGCAUAGGGAUUGCUUCCAAGAAUAAGACUGUGUUUAAGGUUCAGGGCACCUAAGCAGUUUCAUUUCUGAUGCGGAAACAAACAAGACCAGAUGACAUUUUGUAUUUGUAUUUUUCUAGGAUGACGGUGGACAGAGUGUUGACGCAUGGGUAAAAUAACCUUUAUUUACAUGAAGUUGCGAAUUCUCCUUGCGCCGGGUCUCAAACGGAUGUUUAGGUCUGUGCACCAGCCACAGCUGAGUCCUGAACCAAUUCAAGGGGAACUGGGAGUUGCUUGAGUUGGGCCGAGAUAGACCUGGACGACUGUGGACCUGUCUGGGUAGCUCAAAGCAAUCUGGGGUUGUCAGGGGGAAGGGCAUCAAGUGGGAAGCAGAUGCAAGCACUGGGCAGGGAACUGGCUGGAUUUUCCUGGGAGAAGGUAGCCUCUUUGAGUAACCAGUGCCUAUUUCCUUUCUAGUGGGAAGAGCUCAUCAACAGUGUAGAAGUAAGUAUUGAGAAGGGUCUUCUUUCUCUGGCUUUUUCAUACAAUCUCAGUGCUGAGAAAGAGGUUAGCUGAACAAAGAGAAGGGAAGUUGGCUAUUGGGUUAGAUUGUGUGUUUAUUUGAGCCACUCCCAUCUAGCAGGUAGCAUGCCAAUACUUGUAUCAAGAUUACCUGGGUCCAAAUCUCAGCUAGGAAAUUCCCUGUGUGACCUCUUGCGCAGCCAGGUUUACCUCACAGGGUUGACAUGAUGAUUAAUAGGGAGGAUUAGUUAGCCUGUCCUGAGCUUUUCGAAGGAAGGCAGGAUGAAAUGGAACCACCUUCUUCUUCUUCUCCUUCUCCUUCUCUUUCUUCUUCUUCUGCAAUCACUUGUAGCCGAGUAAGAUUGUCUUCCAUAAACACGGUUUUAAAAGUGAGUCCGUAAGUGACUGUGGAGGCCAAUCCUGGAUCUACACGUCCUUCCACAGUAAGGAUACAGUGGUACCACAGGUUACAUACGCUUCAGGUUACAGACUCCGCCAACCCAGAAAUAGUGCUUCAGGUUAAGAACUUUGCUUCAGAUGAGAACAGAAAUUGUGCUCCGGCGGUGCGGCGGCAGCAAGAGGCCCCAUUAGCUAAAGUGGUGCUUCAGGUUAAGAACAGUUUCGGGUUAAGAACAGACCUCCGGAACGAAUUAAGUACUUAACCUGAGGUACCACUGUAUAGGUUUCCGGAUGGGAGUUGAUCAUGCUGAAGGUUUGCCAAGCGUGCCUUCCUCUUAGCACGUUUCUCCCUUUCGUCCUGUGUUCGAGUGUCUUCAGAACUCAUGACACUUUUGGUAAAGGCUGUUCUCCAAUUGGAGCACUCCCAGGCCAGUGUUUCCCAGUUGAAAUAGUAUAUAAGUGAAUGGAAACCAUCCCUUUUUAGCACUGCUGUUCAGGAUUUUCUGGAACUGUUAUUUACAUAAGAAAAGACCAUGGGCUUCAAGUGAAUUUGUGCAAUGAGUAUUUUGUCCAGUCUCUGGCCAAGGCCCUUAGAUUCCGCAAGCAAUUCUUUCUGGGGGUUUGUGCGUAUGAGCCUGAGCUUCUCGUUUCUCUUGUGAAGCCAACAGAAACAAAUGAUGAAUUUUUACAUGACUACUAUUACUACUGCUAAUAAUACUGCUAUUAUUUGUAGAAGGAGUUCGGCGGCAAAAGACAAGUGAGUAUAAAUCUCAUUUCUCCAAUUGUGAAAGCUGCAACUUGGGGAGGAAAAUUGUCCAUAUAAGUAAAAUGUCUUAAGACUUUAUCGGGCUGGUAAGGGACUAAACAUUAAAUGAAAAAUAAUGGAAUGGGAAUCUUGAUGUGGCUGGAGGACUUGCAGCCUUCCUUAGAUUUGGACGCUACUCCUGGAGCUGUGUGCAAAUAGAAUUUUCUUGGGGGGUGGCCAACACUUUUUUCAAGGGGGAAGGGGGAGAAAAUAAUGCACCUCAGACAUAUUUUCAGAAAAUGCAUCUUCUGAUACAUUCUGUUCCAGUUCCGUGGCCUAAACUUGAAACUAAAAAGCCCAUUGUGUGCUUAAGAAUCAGUGUGUGCUAAGGGGUCUGGGUGCCUAGGCAGGUUCUUUUCUCAUACUGAAACAAACAAGAUCAAAUAACAUUUGCAUUUUUUUCCCUUUUUGUAGAGUUCUUCACAGUCAAGCCCAGGACUGGUAAAAUACAUUUUGUUCAAUUAAGGUUGUCAUUUCUGUAUCAAGCUGGCACUAAGAUUGUGGUCCCUUUGAUUCUAAUUCAACUCCCACGCUUAGAAUUGUGCUCUAACAAUGCAGUCCUAUGCAUAACCUCAGAAGCAAGGCUGUCUGCACACUGUACCUUUAAAGCCAAUCCAAAGCACCUUCUUUUCCUUAAAGAAUUCUGAGCACUGUACUUUGCUAAGGCCUUGCUGGGAAUUGCAUUUCUGUGAACGGCAAACUACGUUGAGUGCGCUUUAAAGGUAUAGUUUGCACACAGCUUAAGUCCCAUUGUUUUCAGUGGAGCUUAUACUCAGGUCAGUGUCCAUAGGAUUCUAGGCUAAACAUACAUCUCAAUACACAAUCCUGCGCAUGCCUAUUCAGAUGUAAGACCCGUUGAAUUCAAUGGACCUUGUUCCCAGGAAACUGAGUACAGGAUAUCACCCACAGAGCAUCAAAGGAAAGCCGCGAGAGGGAAGUAUGAGGACUAGUGGUCUAUUUUGGGGGAAGAGAUGGAGUAGGUACACGCAUAAAAGACCCAUGGGUACAACCCAACAAGAAUUUGUGAUGAAUCCCCAUUGAAAAAGCUCUGUAUACGAGUCCUUUGGUUUCAACGGGUCUUAGUUGUGACUUCCUUUUCGCUGGGCCGUGGCAUUAACUGUUUUAAUGGUCGUCACAGUUUUGUGCUAUUGUUCUUGCAAGGGUGCGAUUUUGGGAAGGGUUGCUGGGACAAACAUGAAGAAAUGCAUUUACAUCUGGGAUCUACCUGACCCCAGGACCCUUCCGCUGACAUUCUAGAUGGGGCAGCUGACCCCUGCCCUCGCCUCUGCAUGCAGCUUGCUAGGUGAAUGUGGAACCAUGUGAUAUUCAUGUGGAAAUUGGUGCUGUGAACCAAUGCUGUCUGGCCAGUUCAGGUGUUGGAUUUGUACACAUAUAGCGCUCAUGAGAUCUCUGGCCAUUGAGCCAACUGCUCCUUUCAGGAGGAGCCUGAAUUCAGCUUCUUCUUUUGCUGGAGCCGGACAAGAAGAUCCAGUCUCUUUGAAUAACUGAUGUCCCUUUCCCUUCUAGCUUGCAGGACUAUUUGGAGGCAGGAGAAAACAAGUAAGUAUAUGGAAGCAGCUUUUUACUCUCUUUGGCUAUUUUGUAUAAUCUCAGUAUCUAGUGAAACGGGUUAGCUGAAGAUGGAACAUAAGUGUACACUCGGGGCCUGCUUAAACAUUCAGCGGGAUCAAGACCACAGACAUUAAUUGCAUUUGUGCAAUUAAUAUCAUGUCUUAGAAUCAUAGAAUUGUAGAGCUAGAAGAGACCCCUAGGAUCAUCCAAUCCCCUGAAAUGCUAUCCCAUACGGGGAUCAAACUUGCAACCUUGGCACUUUCAGCACCACGCUCUAACCAGCUCAGCUAUCCAGUCUUGUUUGGGGCUACGUCCCUCAGAUGCUCAGGAAAUUCUUGCUGGGGAUAUGUGUUUAUGAGCCUGAGAUUCCGUGCCAUUUAUCAUAUGGAAGCCAACAGGAAUGAAUAAUGUCUAUUUUAUUUUGGUUUUGGCCCUGACCACGGGUGGCGAUGAGCGACAGAAGUCUAAUUUCUCUCAAUUGUGAAAGGUGUAAUUUUUGAAGGGGGAAGUGUGCAUAUAAACGUGUUGAAAUGUAUAAAGAUUACGUUGGGCUAGUAAGGGCUAAACAUUUAAAUGAAGCAUAAUGGGAUAGGACUUUUGGCUUGAACUGACUACAUGUAGCCGUCCUUAGAAGUGCAGGCUGCUACUAAACUGUGUGAAGAUGCCAACUUGAUAUAGAGUAGGGAGACAAAUUUACAAAGUGGGCUUCUUUUUCAAGGAGGAAAUGAUAAAUCUCAAAAAAAUAAUAAUCUCAUGAUAAUCUCCCCCCCCCCCCAAGGAACCCUGUCUCAGCUCUGUGACCUAAACAGGUUUACUUGGAAGUAAUAAGCCCAUUUGAUUACAAAAAAUAAAUGUGUGUUUAAGAGUCUGUGCACCCAUGCAGUUUAUUUUCCCAUGUGGACACAAACAAGAUCAAAUAAUAUUUUUAUUUUUAUUUUUUGUAGAGUUCGUCAAACAGAAACCAAGGAUGGGUAAAAUAACUUUUGUUUUCCUGAGGCUGUGAUUUCUGUGUCAAAAUGCCACUGAGAUCCUAGUUCCCUUGAUUCCGAUGCUGCUCCAAAGGCCAUGUGUGCUUAGAACCAUGCUCUAACUAUGCUAUCCUAAGCAUAUCGCCUUGGAAUUAAGUCCUACUGUGUUCAGCAGGGCUUAUUCCCAGGUAAGCAUCUAUAGGAUUGCAUCCUUAAUAUAUGAAUUGCUGCACAAUCCUAUGCAUGGGUGCCUACACAGACAAAAGGCUGCGUACACGCCAUAUAUUUAAAGCACAUUCAAACCACAUCUUUCCCUGUCAAAGAAUCCUGGGAAUUGUAGAAUUAAGUUUUACCGGGAAUUGUAGCUAUGUGCUGAGUAAAGUUUUGUUCCCUGGACUCUUUGGUGGGGAACGUGUGCUUUAAAUGUAUGGUGUUCAAUGGGACAGCAAACUGGGGUAUAAAAUUUUACCUUCAGAGCAUCAAUGGAAAAUCUCAAGAGAAAAAUGUAAAGGCUAGUGGUCUGUAGAGGGGAAGAGAUGUGAUAGGGACAGGCAAGAAAGACCCAGUGUGCACAUACAUAAUGAGAAGUAGUGGAUACAACGCAUCACAAGAAAUAAAAGGUACAGUGCUUCAUGAAGAGCUCCCCUUGUAAAAAAGGCAAAAUGUGAGCUUCCUAUCUCUUAAGAUCUACACUGAUUUCCAUGAGACUUAGCUAUGACUUCUUUCUGAUGGAUUUAACUUGCCUUAACUGCUUUGAUGAUUGCUGCGGUAUUAAGUGUUCCACCUGUCCUAUAAGACUUCCCCUCUUUGCCCAAUGGUAGGGCUGGCCCUGGCUAUUAUGUGGUGUAGUGGUUAAGAGUGGUAGACUCGUAAUCUGGUGAACCGGGUUUGUGUCUCCGCUCCUCCACAUGCAGCUGCUGGGUGACCUUGGGCUAGUCACACUUCUUUGAAGUCUCUCAGCCCCACUCACCUCACAGAGUGUUUGUUGUUGAGGAGGAAGGGAAAGGAGAAUGUUAGUUGCUUUGAGACUCCUUCGGGUAGUGAUAAAGCAGGAUAUCAAAUCCAAACUCCUCCUCCUCCUCCUCCUCUUCUAUUGAAUACAAAGUGGGAAAGCUGCACAGAUUAAGACAGGAUGGGGAGGCAGGGGCGCCAACUUGAAUAAAAUAUUGUGGGGGGCCAGGUAAACCCCACCCCACAUAAUCACAUGAUGCAGUGCACACAAAUCAUUUGAAUGGGAAUGCCCAUCAACUUUGUAGGGCCCCGACCCCUUCAAAUAUUUUAUGGUGGGGAACAAAGCCCCCACAGCCUGUAGGAGUUGGCUCCUAGGGUGUGGUGUGGGUGCUUUCCUGCCCAAGUGGUUCAGGAUAUAUGAAACCCCAAAGCGAGAAAGGCAGGGGUGGGGGAGUUGCAAGGAAAAAGUGAAGGCAGCAAAUAGAUGAGAAUCCCCCUUUUCCUUGGAAGAAGUUGCCAUAGAGGUUCCAAAAUGCAUGGUUGUGUGAGGCAUUUCCCAUCUAUAUGCCACUUACUGUUACAAAUAAAUUGUGAAGCGGUUUAUGAAAACACACACAAAAAAGCCUUUCUGAAUAAUCUAUGUUUCCCCUCCCUUCUAGUGGCAAGAUUUUACACCAGUAAGUAUGCAGAAGGGUCUUUUUUCUCUGGGUGUUUCCUAUCCCCUCGAUAUCUAAUAUUGAAAUGGGUUAGCUGAAUGGAAAGGUGAAGUUGAGUAUUGGGCCAAAUUACUAGCAUGUCACAACUUGAAGCAAGAAACUGCAAAACAUGUCACAUGUAAGCUGUUCUGGUUAGAAGAUGAUGAUGAACGUUACUAAAUGUAUUGCCACCCAUCACCAUCCAGUCCCCGAAUUUAAAAUUCAUAACUUAAAAGCAAUUAAGGUACAGUAUAGAAUGAGUCCUGAAAGCAUACAUCACAAGGGUCAAAGGCCAAGAUGAAGGGAUGCAUGAUUAAUCUUAACAUAUGUGAACAUUAAGAGGAAAGCUUUGUUCCCGUUUGGCUUUGGAAUAGGACAUUCCUGGACCAAAUCAGACUGGGAUAUUUUUUUCUCCUUGGUUGGUUGAAGGUGAAGAGAGAAGAAAACUUUGUUCUUUGCACUUCAGUUAGGAUGUUGUUCAUCACGCCACAAGCUGUAAUAUAAAAUCAGCAUCAUAAAUGAAUUAGGCAGGAUUCUUUGAGAAACAGAGAGUUAAAUUGGAAUGAUCCUCUAACUUGGGAAUUGGCAGACUUUAGGCCAGGCUUCCUCAACCUCGGUCCUCCAGAUGUUUUGAGACUACAAUUCCCAUCAUCCCUGACCACUGGUCCUGCUAGCUAGGGAUCAUGGGAGUUGUAGGCCAAAAACAUCUGGAGGGCUGAGGUUGAGGAAGCCUGGUUUAGGCUGUUGGGAUCUACUUUGUUUUUACUAGAAUCGCAGGAGCCACCAAACAGAACCAGGCACCAAAGACAUGCACUUAGAAAUACAAUCGUACCUUGGAAGUCAAACUAGUUUAGUUUAGUUUAGUUCCCAAACGUUUUGGCUCCCAAACGUCGCAAACCAGUUUGCGAACUAUUUUGGGAAGCCGAAUAUCCGAUGGGGCUUCCAAUUGGCUGCAGGAGCUUCCUGCAGCCAAUCAGAAGCCACACUUCGGUUUCCGAAUGUUUUGAAAGUCGAACAGACUUCCAAGGUACGACUGUAACUCCACAUCUCAGAAUUUGUUCUGAGCAGUAGUGGUCUGUGCAGAGAGGCAAGGGUACCGUAUUUUUUGCUCUAUAAGACGCUCCAGACCACAAGACGCACCUAGUUUUUGGAGGAGGAAAACAAGAAAAAAAAUAUUCUGAAUCUCAGAAGCCAGAGUAGCAAGAGGGAUCACUGCGCAGUGAAAGCAGCAAUCCCUCUUGCUGUUCUGGCUUCUGGGAUAGCUGCACAGCCUGCAUUCGCUCCAUAAGACGCACACACAUUUCCCCUUACUUUUUAGGAGGGAAAAAGUGAGUCUUAUAGAGCAAAAAAUACGGUACUUACCUGACCUCUUAUUGCCAGUGUACUUGCACCUUACUUGGAGACUACAAGGGAGAGGGGAGAACUGUGUGAUGCAAACAAACCAGCUGAGCAAACCUGGAGCUCCUGCCAACCUCCCUGCCACCUCAACCCUCUCCCCUCCUGGUAAGACACAGCAAUGCCAUUGGCAGGAGGUCCAGUAAGCACUGUUCUGCCUCCACUUCUGGCUCCUCCUGGUUCUGAGUAUAACUGCGCUCACCAUCCUUCCACUCACAAAUCCAUCCCUGCCUCCCCCCCCCAUCCCAGCUUCAGGUUUCUUUAUUUCAGCAGUUUAAGCCAAGUGACUGUGAUAGGUCUCGUUUUUUUCUGGUUGUGAAACUGUAUGUUUUGGAGGAGAAAGUGUGCACAUGCAGGGGGAAAUGUGCAAAGGUUAUAUCAGUUUAAUUUCUCAUGCGGAAGCCAAUGGGAAAAAAAUAACAUCUAUUCCCCCCCCCCUUCCUUCUUGUAGCUUGGUUGGUUCGGCAGAAGGAAACAGGUAUGACAGGUUUCGUUUCUUUGAUUGUAUUCUCUUCUCCUUGUCCUUUCUUUGGUCCAGCACCUUGAAUAUGUGAGCUUAUGAUCCAUCCCUUUCAUAUUCAUGCACAUGGACACACACAGAGAAUUAUUGUGUCCUUUCUUUCCCUCUUCAAUUAUUGGAUCUAAGUUAAGCAUGUAUAAUCCUGGGUACAAUGCCUUGUGCUAAGGUUGCUACUUACAUAUCACAAAAAAAGAUGAUACAGACCUGCAUAAUUUAUUUGUAGAGUUGGAAAUUAGAGAUCAUUUCUCUAAUUUAUUUGUAGAGAUCAUUUAUUUGUAGAGUUGGAAAUUAGAGAUCACAAUCUUGGGGAAGAUUGUGGCCAGGUGGCCUGUGUGUCUGCUCAGUCUGAUGUCUGUGGGCUACUUCAAAAUAUCUGCUUUCCCUUUUAGCAGUACUUUUUCUUUAAACUGGACUGGACUGGUUUGAGAGUCCCUCAAACAGAAGAUUGAAAGGCAACAACACAGCAAAAAUACAAAUUCUGUAGUUUUAAAAGACACUGUAUGCAACAUAUUGCCACUACACUGGUACCUCGGGUUACAUAUGCUUCAGGUUACACACGCGUCAGGUUACAGACUCCGCUAACCCUGAAAUAGUGCUUCAGGUUAAGAACUUUGCUUCAGGAUGAGAACAGAAAUUGUGCUCCGACGGCGCGGCGGCAGCAGGAGGCCCCAUCAGCUAAAGUGGUGCUUCAAAUUAAGAACAGUUUCAGGUUAAGUACGGACCUUCUGAACGAAUUAAGUACUUAACCUGAGGUACCACUAUAUAUAGGUCGAGUUAAUUGUGCCCCCCUUUUUUAAAACAAAACCCCCCUGAAACUGUAAUUUUGGAAGGUAAAAGAGCACAUACUAAGAGAAUACGCAAAGAUCGUAUCAGGCUAGUAACAGGCGAAACAAUAAAAUAAAUACAAUAGGGUGAGAUUGAAGUUGAUGGACUUACUUUUGUAGGCCUUCCUUAGAUGCUAAAUUAGAGUUGUGUGCAGAUGGUCUCUUAACACUUGAUAAAGUCUGUGCAGAAAAUUCUGCAAAAUGGCCUACUUUUCUGAGCUUGGGUGGGUGAGAAAAAAAUAAAUCUCAAAAAUGUUCUUGGAAAAAGAAUCUUCUGAGGAAUUCUGGCUCAGCUCUAUGACCAAAACAUAAUAAGCUCUUUUAAUUUUAUUGGGGGUUGCUUCCAAUAACUAAGAGUGUGCUCAAAGAUCUGUACACUUAAACAGUUUCAUCUUUGAUGUGGAGAGCAACAAUAUCAAUUAACUUCUUUCUUUCUUUUUUUGUAGACUGACGACAGCCCAAAUUGGGUAAAAUGUUUUGUUUUUAUUUUUUUAAAAAAUGUACCUAGCAUUGUGAUUUCUGCAUUAAGUUGACACUUAUAUCCCAGUCCCCUUGAUUUCAAUGCAGCUCCCAAGUUAUAUGUGCUUAUAGGUAAAAGGUAAAGUUAAAGGAUCCCUGGACAGUUAGGUCCAGUCAAAGGCGACUAUGGGGUUGCGGCGCUCAUCUCACUUUCAAGCCGAAGGACCUGGCAUUUGUCCACAGACAGCUUUCUGGGUCAUGUGGCCAGCAUGACUAAACCGCUUCUGGUGCAAUGGAACACCGUGAUGGAAACCAGAGUGCACGGAAACACCGCUUACCUUCCUGCCACAGCAGUACCUAUUUAUCUACUUGCACUGGCGUGCCUUCGAACUGCUAGGUUGGCAGGAGCUGGAACAGAGCAACGGGAGCUCACUCCAUUGCGGAGAUUUGAACCAAUUGCACUCUAACAAUGGAAUCCUACGUAUUCCCUCUCAGGAUGCAUAUGCAAUAAAUAGAUAAAUAAAGUAAGCCCCACUGAGUUCAAUGUAACUUAGUCCAAAAAGACAUUGGGUGUAGAAUUUUACCUUCGGAGCGUCCCAGAAGAAAAUUUUCUAGGCUAGUGGUCUGUUGGCAGAUGAGACAGGCACAGAAUAUGCACCUAUACCUUAAGAAAGAGUGGGCACAACACAAUGAUGUGUGACAAAUUCCCAUUUAAAAAAAAAAAGAGAGAGAAACCUGGGCUGUGUACACAUUGCCAUUUACUCUGGCUUGAUUGUACCCCCGCUGCUGGUUUUUGACAUUAGCCACAUCCCCCUAUCUGUCCUGUAGCUUCUUGAGAUAUACUGCCAUUUGACGCACCUCCUCUCAAACCAUCUUCUAUCCGAUUUGAAAAUGGCAGCCACAUGCCCUUUGCACCUAAGCUGGGCUGUUUAGAUUUUGGGGCAGCUGUUGUGAAUGCACAGGUGACAGCUUAGUGCAUAGGAGUGAGGUAGUGGGCUUAAAGCAGCAGGGAUGCCAAACAAGGAAUGCGCAUUGGGUGAAGACAUCCCGGCCUCCUCUUUAGCGUGUACAGCAAAAUGCUAAUGUGACCUGAAACACAGUGGGGGGGUGGGAAGAACCUCGCUGCAUUUUAAGUCGCUAACAUGUACGAAGCAGGAGUUGUUACUUCCUUCUCUCGUGGGUCAUGGUGCUAUUUGUUUUCAUGAUUGCCACAGUUUUAAGCUCAUCGUUAUUCUUGCAGGGCUGCUUGGGGAGAGUUGUUGAGACAAACAUGGAGUCUACCUGACGCCCAACACCCUUCUGCUGAAAUUCUAAAUGGGGGAACUGACCCCUGCCUUCCUCCAGGGAUGUCCUAGGAGGGGCAUCUUGCUAGCUCAGUGUGUGGAAGCAUGCAAUACUUACGUGGUGCUGUGCACAACGUACACGGCUGAUUCCACACAUGUAGCGUCCUUGAGAUAUUUAUCCUUAGAGCCAACUGGCAGCUUUGGAGAUGGAGAGGCUAAACUGAGGUUCUCCUUUCUCAUAUUGUUGAAGAUCCCACCUGGCUUUCAGGUGUGCAUCGCAGCCCUUGCUGUACGAGUUGCUGGAUUGGGGCCUUAGGCAGGGCUUGCUAUAGACAUUUUCCUGGCUGAGGCAGAGCACCAGGUGUGUGUCUCUCCCUCCUCUACCGACAAUUUCUACCUUUUUGUGACACCCAAGACCUGACGUCUGAAGUGGCUACCUCACUUUGCCUAAAGUUAUGAAUGGCCUGGCUGUAGAACACAGAGAAGGUGGGUGGGGCAGGUCCCCAUGCUGCAUUUUUGGUUCUGGAUGUGAGUUUACCAUCUUAACCCCAUGUCUGGAAGCUCUCCUCUUUGAAUAACCUACAUUCUUUCCCCUCCAGAUGAAAAGAUUAUUCGAGAUGCCGGUAAGUAAAUGGAAAGGAUUUUCUUCUCUGGUUGUUUCAUAUAAUCUUAGUGCCCAAUACUGAGACGUGUUAAGCGGAAUGAAAAGUUGUAAAGACAGCUACUGGGCUAAGAUAUAUAUACUGUAUAUAUUUAAAGUCUGCUAUACCAGGCAGCAUGUCAAGUGAGAUGACCGGGAUCCAAAUCUGAGCCACAGUACUCCCUACAUGACUUCUCUUUUAGCCUGGUCUACCUUAGAGGGUUGAUGCAAUGAACCUUCAUUGAAGAAAAAUGAGAUAAAAAUGUAAUAUAAGUGGAUAUAAACCAUGUGGCGAUCACACAGGGUCCCCGGACGUUUCACCGUCUAUUGAUCCCUGUGCCACCACUUUAUUUCUCGCUGCAACCACCCAGGCCCUACCUGGUACAAUACUGAGUCCAGUCAGGGUUAAAUUGGACAAUAAAUUUCUGUUUAUUUAUUGCAGUUUAACAAGCGUGUGGUUUCAUAAAUGGUAUCAGUCAAUUACAAUCAUAGGGUGCCUAUCCAGACCUAUAACUUCCGCUACCUGCUCUCACUCACUUAACCACCUCUCAGAUAUUUACUUGUCUUCCUAGCUCCUAACUGUUCCUGACUCAGCUUAUUUCGCUACACUAACUCAACCUACCCACAGACUUUAUCCCAAUUCACUCCCACUCCAAUCAACCACCCACCUCUCAACGGACUGCCCUUUCGCCCCUCCCAGAGCUGGUUUUAUAGUCCCUCUGACUCCACCCGCUGGGUUCUGAUUGGGUAAUUUGUUUAACUAUUUCACCUCCAGCACUCUCAUAUGUUCACGUCACAAACCACCCCUUAUCUCUCUUCCCACCGCCGGCCCUGGGGCAGUUUAUACAUUCAGUGGAAUCAAAUAGGGCUGUCCCACUUCAGGCUACAAGUGGUGGGUGGAGGAGUUUACAUCUGAAUGCUCCUCUAACUCAGACAUGGCUUUGCUUCCACUAGAAUCCCAAAACCCACCAAACAGAACUAGAUGCAAAAGACACAGAUUUAGAGUUAAGUAAUUCCAAACCCAGGAAUUUGUUCUGAGAAGUAGGGCUCAGCUAUUGUACAUAGAUGUUAAAAAACUUGGAGACCACUGUGAAAUCCUGAAAUGUCCCAUUGUAUAAUUCCUCAGUGUUGUAAUUCCUCAGUGUUGCCUUCUGGGAUAUGUUAUCUACAUUGGAGUAGGAUGGCUGAAAUACAGUACCCCUAAUCCCCAAAGACCCUCUAUCUAGAAGGUAACCAUAUUUAGUGAUAACAAAACCCACCAAGAGAUCCAGAAGGAUGUCUUGUUCGCACUUACAAAGUUAAGAAACUCUGAAUAAUUUAUUCCUUUUUCCUUAUAGAUGGAGCUCGUAGAAAGAGUGAAAGUAAGUACAGUAUAUGGAAAAUGCUUUCUAUAUUAACAGAUUCAUAUAAUUUCAGUGUCUCAUCCUGAGCCAAGGGUUUGAGUAACGGAGUGUGUGUGUGUGUGUGUGUGUGUAAAGAUUGGUACUGGACUGGAUUUGAGCCAGUGUGAUAUAGAGAAUGACAGAACUGUAGUAGUGAAACCUUGAUUUAAAUCACUGAUUAGCCAUGUAUGUACCCAUGUAAACUUUUGGGUCAAAGAUAAAAUACUCAGAAAUACCGGUAACCUAUUUUCCACAUUGUAUUUGUCCUAUAACACAGCUGAUCAAAAACCACAACAAAAACUAACAAUGGCAGACACAAAUCAUACAUGCAUACAUACGUCAAAUUAUUUAUGCAUUUUGUAACUUAAAAUUAAUGCUAAGAUCCACUGAGUUCAAUGAGACUGAUUCUCAGGUUUGCAUGUAUAAGAUUUUUAGCUAAAUCUGUAAAAGUUAAGCAUUUCUGGCAACCUACUGAAAUUAAACCAGUCAUUCCAAUACAUAAAUAUGGCUGUGCUGGCUGAGGCUGAUGGGAGUUGUAGUUCAACAGGUCUUAAUGUUACCACAUUGGGAAAGGGGUAGCACACCAGACCCCAUGUCUCCAACACAGCCAGACAGAUGUUUCCUGCUUAAGCAAAAUUCCUGAGUAGAGUUAUUCAACCAUGGGUGGUGUUUGUUCUCAGAGAACAUGACAGGUCUAUUUCUUGUCAUUGAGGGCCCAUCCACAGUUUCAUUUGUCCCAUGAUUUCAAGGGAUUUCAAGUCACAAAUUCGAGAGGUGGCUGUUUGUUGUUUUUGCUCUGCCGCUUUCCCUGGGGAAACCUCCUGCUGAAUCGGAAGAAACAGAAUCCACAGCAAAUCCAAUGGGCCCUGAAAUAAUGGGCACCUUUCUGCUACCUUAGGAAUCAUUUUAAUGAAGUGCUACUUAAAGUAACUCCUACUGCCCCCCCCUUUAUUUUAUAGGAAGCGUUUUCUAGAAAGAAUUCUCAAAACGUAAGUACUGCCGGGGGGGGGGGGGGAGGAUGUUCGCAAUUUUGCUAUUCCAAAGGCAAGCAAGGUUUGGCAUGAAUGUGAAGAGCCUUCCAGUUCUCUUCUUAAGUUUGCAGCUAGAGCAAUUCCACAGCUUUUUGUCCCAGAGAAUGAAAAGGUCACAUACCGCCACGAUCACCGGAUGUGUUGGAUUUGUCAGGUUGACUUUGAUACUCCUGGGCAUGGUCAAUGAAUUGGCUGUGGGCAAAGGAAUUGGGCAUUUGCGUCUUUCUAAAAGAACAGAGGGAAUCGGUUUGCCAAAGCUGCGGUGGUUGAAACAUUCAAACACACACCGGGGAUCAAAAAUCUGUUUGAUUUUAGUUCACGGUAAUUGGAAAUGUACAUGCAGCUCUCAAAUCAAAUUCUUUGUGAAAAGGUAUUGGAUCUCACAUAACAAGUGGGCAGAAGGUCCACAUUUUUUCUAGCCAUCCUCUGGAAAAGCUGCCAGACUUGUUUAGAUGUGACAGUGUUUACAUUGCAGUACAAUCUUUGUAUAAAAGACUGGCGAUUGCUGACAAGGUACUGUAUAUGGCAACAUUGGUGCAUUUCCCCCUAGAAAAAUAGGUGCUGGUACCCAUCUCGAAGUUGUUAUGGUAUGUGUCACACUUUUUAACAACAACAAAAAGAGGUACCAUUGAGUACCCCCUGGGCAAAAUGAAAGCAAGAGGAGGCAAGGUACUAUACCAGUCUGUGAUACAAAUAUUGUACUGCAACAAUACUGUCUGAACCCAAAUAAAUCACAAUCAAUGAGUAUUUUUUAAAAUAUGGGAAGGCAAUAUGCGAUUAAAAUAUUUGAGGCCAGUAUUGUUUGGAUUUUGCAGAAUAUCUGAGAGAACAAAUGGUACCAAUUCAGGGGGGAAAUGGCUAUAAAAGCGUUGGUGAAGAACUCAGGUUUACCAGUGCACAAUGGGUAAAAUAACCCAGUUUAAUGAAAGCAAUGAUGAAGAAAAUUAUUUAUUACCUGCCCUCCAACCCAAGGUCCCAGGGCAGGUCCCAGCAAUUGAAAAAAAAUGUUUAAAACAAUUUAAAACAAAUUACAAUCAUAAUGAUAGGGUGGGUCCCAAAAAUAAAGAUCUCAAGUGUCUGAGGCAAGGGUAGAAUGAAGUGUCUCCAGGAUUCUUCAAAAACUGCUUAGUGAAGGCACCAGAUGCACCUCUGUGGGGAGGGAAUUUCAGAACGUAGGGGCUGCCAUGGUCUGAGAAUGCCUUUUCUCGCCCACCACCACUGAGCUUCUGAAGGUGAUGAAACUACCAAGAGGUCUCUCUCUGCAGAACUUAAUACUUGAGAGGGACUGUAAGGAAGAAGGUGUUCUUUCAGAUAUUUGGGGCCCAAGUUCUUUUGAGCAUUAAACACUAGUGUGAGCACCGUUUGGGGCUGGGAACAAACUGGCAACCAAUGCAGAUGUUGUACAACAGGGCUCAUGUCUAAAUGAAACCCUAGCCAGCAAUUUGACUUCAUUUUGAACCAAUUGAAGUCGUCUUCAAAAGCAGCCCCACCUAGAGCACAUCACAACAGUCCAGGCUGGACGUUAACAGAGUACAUAGUACAGUGGGCCAAAUGGGGCCAGAGCUGGGGAACCAGCUGAAACUAGAGCAGGCAAUCCUAGCCAAUGAGGCCACCUGAGCCUCCGCUGAGAGCAUUGGCUACAGGAGAACCUCCAAGCUAUGGACUUGUUGCUUCUAGGAGAGUGCAACCUUGUCCAGAACAGCCCAUCUCUCCACCUCCUGGAUUUGAGAACUCAGGACACAGAAUACCUCCAUCUUUUCAUAAUAGCUCUCUUAAGGAGCUGAAGUAAUUAACUCUUCAUUUGUUUCUUAUCUUUUUCUUUCAAGAAUAACCGCUAUCAAUGGCCGUUCCAGGUAAGAAGUGCCAAUUUUCUUUCCUGAUUUCCUGAGAUCUUUUCACGAAGGGUGGUGUAUAAAUUUGACUAAUAAUAAUAAUUGCAUUAACGUAAACAUUUGUGCAUAAAGCCCAACAAACAACUCCUGGCUUCUUUGUUUAUUACUUUUCUUAUGACCAAUUCACAUGUACUAUAUGUACACUGUUAGGGACAAAAUGUUGGAGUUCUUUUUUUUAAAAAAAAUAAUCCUAUGCAUGACAAGAUCAUUCAAGAGGCCACCACUGCCUUAUACUGAGUCAGAUCAUGUGCACCUACAAUAUGCCAGCAAAUUCCAUCUGCUGCCUUGAAAAGGGGUGAAAAUACAAACAUAGCUGUUUUUAGAUUCCCCUAUUAUAGUGCCUAUUAUAGUAAAUUAUAGCACCUAUUAUAGCACCUAUUACAGUGGUACCUCGGGUUAUAUACGCUUCAGGUUACAUAUGCUUCAGGUUACAGACUCCGCUAACCCAGAAAUAGUGCUUCAGGUUAAGAACUUUGCUUCAGGAUGAGAACAGAAAUCGUGCUCCGGCGGUGCAGUAGCAGCAGGAGGCCCCAUUAGCUAAAGUGGUGCUUCAGGUUAAGAACAGUUUCAGGUUAAGUACGGACCUCUGGAACGAAUUAAGUUCUUAACCUGAGGUCCCACUGUACAGUGAAUGGGGAAAAGUUGGGCCUUGCUUUUAACAGACUGUAUUUGGUCCUGAUCCCAAGUUGAAUUAUAUAUAUAUAUUUUUUAAAUGAUAUUUAUUACUUUUUCAAAAUUUCCAACACGGCACUACAAACACAGAGAAAAAGAAAAAAAAAGAAAAAACAAUACGAAUGAACUAACAAAUCAAGCAAAAACAAACAAAAACAAUUUAAAAACACCUCAAACAUUUUCAAUAUCUUAUAUUUCAUUCACUUAUUUCCAGCGACUUCCUCACACCUCCCUUUUUGUAUUCCACUUCUAUUAUUUGUUUCAGCAAUUCCUUUCCAUCUUACUCUGUUUUCUGUUCUAUAAUUAUCUUAACACAUUCUAGCCAUACUUUUCCUUUAAUUUUCUAUUAAUCUAUUUAUACUUAAUUCAUUAUGACAUUUCUACUAAAGCCAUGUAAUUUCAUUCCAACAUUUUUCUAACAUUCCUUAAUUUUACAAUAUUUCUAUAAAUAGUCUUUAAACUUUUUCCAAUCUUCUUCCACCGACUCUUCACCCUGGUUUCGGAUGUUGCCAGUCAUUUCCGCUAAUUCCCUAUAGUCCAUCUUUAUUAUGAAGCUAAAAUAACAAUCCAGUAAGGAAUAUGAAAUAAAGGAAAAUGAAAAAAUACAAAAAACAGGGUUCACAGAGACUACACAGUGAAUCUGAAAUAGUACAAAACAAAUGUUAUGAACACCAAGUAUAGCCAUAUUUCAUUGGGACUUGCCUUCCGCAUGUUUGGCCUAUCAUGUAAGUAACAAACGGCAGACAAAUGGAGGUAAAAUUCAUAGGUUUAGCUGCACCCUUAAUUUAUACACCAGUUUCUCAGAAAUGAAAAUGAUGCAAACAGUUCCUUCCUUUUCUUCUUCAGCCUCCCCAACAACCUCAGCAGAAUCCAGGAGCAGCCGUAUAUUUAUAUGCUGUGAGGAUUAAUUUACUACCAACAGGAUUUCACAUCAUUUGGGUUGUUUUUGAAAUGUAAGCAUUUCCUUCCCUUUCUCAUUUAGCCCGCUCCUCCACCACCAAAUCAAGGAAAUGGACAGCCUGUGAGUAUUAGUUUCUUAGAACAAGAUUUUAAGUCUUUUUAUUUUAUAUGCAAGCAUUUACUUUCCUUUCUCUUUCAGGGUUCUCAGCAAUAUCCAGGAUAUGGACCGCCUGUGAGUAUAAGGCCACUUCGAGGCUGAUGCUAUUUUUGGAUGGGGCUCACUCACAAACUAGCAAAUUCAGGUUGCACAGUUAAAGCUGAUUUGAAGCCCUUAUACAACAUUCCUUCCUCCACCCCUCUGCAAAUUGGACUGUUUGCAAUAAGGAAAGUAACAGAAAAAGCGUGGGAUGACACUAGCUUGACACACUUUUAUAACCUCCCAGCAAACAAACCAUAAUGAAUGCCCAACAAACAUUCCUUCCUUCUCUUUCAGCCUCCGUCACCAUAUGGACCAUAUGGACCACCUGUGAGUAUCAGUUUUCUAGAAACAAGGUUCUGCAUAAUUUGCAUUGUUUUUUGAGAUGGAAGCAUUUUCUUCCUUUUCUCUUCCAGCCUCCUCCACCCAGUGGAAACGAUCAACCUGUGAGUAUUCAUUUCCUACAAGCAGGAUUCUUUAUAUUUUGCCCUCUGUUGCUAUAGCACAACAAAUCCACUUUAUAAAAGAAUUUGAGGCUAUGUCCACGCUUCCAUUGAUCAUACAUUCACUGCAUUUCCAGUACUGUUUUUUUUAAUUCCAUAUUCACAUGGCAAUAUAUUAAAUGCAUGGGCACCCUGUAAAUUGUUGUGAAAUAUUACCGUUUGAUGCAUUGUUUCUCAAACGAGUUUCGGGAUGUUUGGAUUAAGCCAUUCAUAUGACACUAAGCUGUGCUCGUGUCAACAGCUAGAUGGAAAGUGCUGUGAAAUGCUUUAAGGUGCUAAUGUGAACACUCCCUGACUCUUUGUGGUUUGGAAAGUGAAAUGCAAGGAAGAAAUGAUUAAUGGGAAGAUGAAGGGAGGGGGGAGCAAACCAGGAUAAAUGCAGGAUGAAUGCUCAUUAUCGUUUAACUGCCCUACGGACAAAUCAGAACAAAUGCUCAAUAAAGGCCAGGCACAGUUCGCAAAAACUUUGAGAAGCAAAUCAGGAUGAACACUCAAUAAACAAGUAAUCUGGAGAAGCACUUGAUUUCCUACAAAAAGUAUUUUAUAUUUGUGUAUUGGUUUAGAAUGCAAAUGUUUUCUUCCUUCUUUCUUUCAGUCUUCGGUAUCAUUUGGAAUAUAUGGACAACCUGUGCGUAUUAUUUUCCUACCAACAUGAUUUUACAUCAUUUGCAUUGUUUUUAAAAUAGAAACAUUUCCUUCCCUUUCUCUUUUAGCCUCCUCCCCCACCAAAUCAGGGAAAUGGGCAGCCUGUGAAUAUUAGUUUCUUUCUUCUUCUUUUUUUAAAUGAUAUUUAUUAAAAUUUCAAAGGAUACAAAAAUUACACAAAAACAAAAAGUAAAAAUACAAAAAGUAAAAAUACAAGAAAACAGAAAAUACAGAAAAAAGAAUAAAGAAAAAACAAAACAAAUUCAUUAUUUUCAGACCCUUAACUGUCAUUGCCUUCUUUCUUAGACCUCCUCCUCCUCCCUUCCUUUGUAUUCUAGUUAUUAAUUAUCCCAGCAAAUCCUUUCCUUUCCAUGUUUCAUAAAAUUCUAUCAUUACAUUACCCUCGACUAAUUUAAUCCUAUCUUUCUAUAAUAAAAUAAACCUUAAAGUUUAAAACUUAAGUCUUAACCUUACCAGCUUCUUGUGAUCAUAAUAUUCUUUCAUAAUUCUUUAUGCAUCUUUACUAAAGCCAGGUAAUUUCUUCCAAAAUUUUUCUAUCAUUCAUCAACUUUAUAAAACAUUCUAAUAAUAAAGAAAAAGAGAAAGAAAGAUAUAGACAAGUCCAAUCUUUAUCCAACGUCCCUUCCUCCUGGUUCCGGGAUUUGUCAGUCCUUAUUCCCAUCAGUCUAACCCGGUAACCUUAUGUCCGAGGCCCUCAGGUCACUUCCAUGGCCCUUCCGCGGCUCUUCUUCAUACUUAUAGCUGUAAUUUCCCUUAUCUCCUCGUGAUAACUCCAGCUUGACAAUGUCUCUUGCUCGUGGUAACUCCAACUUAGCAAUGUUUUUAACCCUUCUCGUCAGAUCAGACCCUUUUCCGUAUUCAUCGCUGCAUUCCAUGUAGUAUUUAAAAGCAUGUUUCAAGGGCCCUCCAAAGUUGAGAGCCCCCACAGUCCCAAACAUAUCGCAGCCCAUUACCAUAUUUAAAAAGUCCAGACAUCCCAACAUAGGGGGGUCAACCCAGCCCCCCAUUUCCAAGCCACACCGAACUUUCCCUUUCCAGAUCUGGCUUUUUCCAAGUUCAUUUGUCCAGUCCGAAGGAUCAUACUCCUGUUGGGUCUGUUCUGUCAAAACACACUCCUGAUUUAAUGCCACAAACUCCUGUUCUGUCAAAGCACACUCCUGGUUUGAAUCCUGAGUAGGCUCCACAUGUUUUCCCACAGUCUGGUCAAGACAUUCCACUGCCUGUUAAGAUUUCUAGUCGAAAUGGCCAUCUGGUUCACCUUAUCAUGUAAUUCUUCCAGUAGAGCAUUUGUUUUGUAAAAAACGCACACCAAGGCUUCUGAAAACAUUGUCCUGCACAGUCAAACACUUUCCCAUGGUUAUUUUGUAACAGCUGUCAAAUCCCUGGAGUUAGUUACAGUUUCAAAAGCUCCCCCUAGGGGGAAGACUUAUAUUUAUUUUUGCUACAAAGUUUCCCUUUUUUUCCCAAAAUACUUAAGAUACUUUGUCCAUAUAUAUUCCUUUAGAAUGCGAAAGGGAACAGUAGAAUCACAAAGUUUCUCUUCUUUUAGCUAUCUGUCAAAAAACAAUUAUCUUGGUAAACUCACGUCAGUCCUGACACCCCCGCUCCAGGAUCAGGACGGAGGAAAAUAACUUCCUUUUGCGGUUACUUCAAAUAGUCCAAAAAAAAAUAUUCCCAAUGUUGAAAUCCACUCUUUUAAAGACGAUUUUCAGAGCUCUAGUGUAAAUUGCCUUUGCUUUGUUCUAUUUACAAAAGAACGGAAGGGUGACUUCCUGUUUAGCCCUUCCCGCUCCGUACCAAAUUCAAUAGAUUUUUUUUUAUAGUCCGAAUCUGUCCUUUUCACAAAUCUUUAUUUGAUAUCCCAUUUGUUCAAAUUCUAAGUACUCACGGGUGUUUGUUUUAAAGUCCAAAUUGUCCCAGGAAAGAAGGCAGCGCUCUCCGGCAGCAGCUAUGCGGCUUUGCUCCACGGAAAUAGCGAUUGACUCACAGCACCACGCCGCUUCCCCCUCCUCACUUCGGAGCCCGUUAGUGGGUUCCUUAGCGGAUUGGGUGGGGCGCUAAAGGUGCCCGCCGAGUCCCACGGUCACAGGCUUCAUCCGCCUGUGAUUUUGAAGGGGUCCCCGCUUCGCCGUAGCGGAGUAGACCCUGUUUGCCGCGGAGCCUGUCCCUCCAGUUCAGAGGGAGUCCCCUCUAAGAAUAUUAGUUUCUUAGAAAAAGAUUUAAAGUCUUUUUAAUUGUAUUGGAAUGCAAGCAUUUUCUUCCCUUUCUUUUUCAGGGUCCUCAGCCAUAUCCAGCAUAUGGACCGCCUGUGAGUAUUAGGCCACUUUCAAAUUGAUGCUAUUUUUGAAUGGGGUUCAGUCACAUACCGACAAGUUCAGGAUGAACAAUUAAAUUGAUUUGAUGCCCUUGCACAAUGUUCCUUCCUCUACCCCUUUACAAAUUCGACUGUUUGCAAUAAGGAAAGUAACAAGAAAAGUGUGGGAUGACACUAGCUUGACAAACAAUUUUAUAACCUCCCAGCAAACAAACCACAAUGAAUGCCCAGCAAAUAUUCCUUCCUUCUCUUUCAGCCUCCCCCACAAUAUGGAGGAUAUGGAUCAUUUGUGAGUAUCAAUUUCCUAGAAACAAGAUUCUGCAUCAUUUGCAUUGUUUUUGAAAUGGAAGCAUUUUCUUCUUUUUCUCUUCCAGCCUCCUCCUCCACCCAGUGGAAAUGACCAACCUGUGAGUAUUAAUUUCCUACAAGCAGGAUUCUACAUGUUUUGCCCAAUAAACAACUGAUGUUGUUUUCCAACCCCCCCACAAAUUUUCUGCAAAUGGUUCAGGUUGAAUGUUAAAUAAGGAGGCUGGCUGCAACCUUAACUUCUUACAAAUCAGUUUUGCAAUCAUUCCCAUCCCCUUCUCUUUCUCCUCUUCUGUAUUAGGGUGCCUCUGGAGCGUCAGUAUUUUACAGGAGGGAUUCAGGCACAUAGCAGAACUUUAGUUUAGAGCAAUUAAAGCAGAUUAAAGGCAUCUGUUGCUACAGCACAACAAAUCCACUUUAUAAAAGAAUUUGAGGCUGUGGCCACACUUUUGUUUAUCAUACGUUCAUUUCAUUUCCAGUGCUGGUUUUUUAUUCCAUAUACACAUGACAUUAUAUUAAAUGCAUGGGCACCCUGUAAUUUGAAAUGUGAAAUAUAGUGGAGCCUUGGGUGUUGAACGUAAUCCAUUCUGGAAGACCAUUUGACUUCCGAAACAUUCGACAACUGAGGCACAAUGGGCGGUCUGCAAUGUCAAUGGAGAAAAUUGAGAAACGCACCUCGGAAGCCAUUCGAUAACGGAAGCAAUUACUUCCGGGUUUUCAGCGUUCGAAAACCGAAACAUUUGGCUUCAGAGACACUUAAAAACUGAGGUUCCUCUGUAUUACCAUUUGAUGUAUUGUUUCUCAAACCAGUUUCAGGACAAUUGGAUUAAGCCAUUCCUAUGACACUAAGCUAUGCUCAUGUUAUCAGCUAGAUGGAAAGUGCUGUGAAAUGCUUUCAGGUGGUAAUGUGAACACACCCUGACUCUUUGUGGUUUGGAAAGUGAAAUGCAAUGAAAAAAUUAUUAAUGGGAAGAUGGGGGGGGAGCAAGCAAAUUGGGAUGAAUGCAGGACAAAUGCUCAUUAUCAUUUAAUUGCCCUAUAGACAAAUCAGAACAAAUGCUCAAUAAAGGCCAGACACAGUUUGCAAAAGCUUUGAAGAAGCAAAUCAGGAUGAACAUUCAAUAAAUAAGUCAUCUGGAGGAGUACUUGAUUUCCUACAAAAAAUAUUUUGUAUUUGUGUUUUGUGUUGGAAUGUAAAUGUUUUCUUCCUUCUUUGUUUCAGUCUUCCGUAUCAGUAGGAAUAUAUGGACCACAAGUGAGUAUUAUUUUCCUACCAGUGUGAUUCUACAUCAUUUGCAUGUGGUACUCUGGUUACGAACUUAAUUCGUUCCGGAGGUCCGUUCUUAAGCUGAAACCGUUCUUAUCCUGAGGCGCGCUUUUGCUAAUGGGGUCUCCCGCUGCGUGUGCGCCUCUGGCGCGUGAUUUCUGUUUGCAUCCUGGGGCAAAGUUCACAACCAGGAGCAGCUACUUCUGGGUUAGCGGCCUUCGUAACCCAAAGCGUUCGUAACCAGAGGUACCACUGUACAAGAAUUUCCUUCCCUUUCUCUUUCAGGAGCCUCAGCCAUAUCCAGGAUAUGGACAGCCUGUAAGUAUUAGGCUACUUCCAGACCAAUGCUAAAUGGGGUUCACUCACAUACUGACAAGUUCAGGUGGUACAAAUUGAUUUGAUGCCCUUGCAGAGGAAUCUUUCCCCCACUGCUCUGCAAACUGGACUUUUUGCAAUAAGGAAAGUAACAGGAAAAGUGUGGGGUGACACUUGCUUGACCCAAUGUUUUACUACCUAUCCGAAAACAAAUCAGAAUGAAUGCCCUAUAAAUAUUUCUUUCCCUUUAUCUUUCAGCCUUCACCAGCUGGUGAAAAUCAGCAACCUGUGAGUAUUAAUUUCCCUACAAACAGGAAUUUACAGCUUUUGUAUUGUUUUGAAAAGCAAAUAUUUCCCUUUUCCCCCCUCUUUCAGCCUCCCUCGCCAUAUGGAGGAUAUGGACCACCUGUGAGUAUCAAUUUCCUAGAAACAAGAUUCUGCAUCAUUUGCAUUGUUUCUGAAAUGGAAGCAUUUUCUUCCUUUUCUCUUCCAGCCUCCUCCUCCACCCAGUGGAAAUGAUCAACCUGUGAGUAUUAAUUUCCCUACAAACAGGAAUUUACGGCUUCUGUAUUGUUCUGAAAGGCAAAUAUUUCCCUUUCCCCCCCCCUCUUUCAGCCUCCCUCGCCAUAUGGAGGAUAUGGACCACCUGUGAGUAUCAAUUUCCUAGAAACAGGAUCCUGCAUGAUUUGCAUUGUUUUUGAAAUGGAAUCAUUUUCUUCCUUUUCUCUUCCAGCCUCCUCCUCCACCCAGUGGAAAUGAUCAACCUGUGAGUAUUAAUUUCCUACAAGCUGGAUUCUACAUGUUUUUCCCAAUAAGCAACUGAUGUUGUUUUCCAACCUCCCCAUGAAUUUUCUGCAAAUGGUUCAGGUUGAAUGCCAAAUAAGAAUUCCCAUUCCCUUCUAUUUCACCUAUUGUGAAAGGUGCCUCUGGACUGUCAGUAUUUUACAGGAGGGAUUCAGGCAUGUAGUGGAAUUUUAGCUCAGAGUAAUUAAAGUACAUUAAAGGACUCUUUACUAUAGCACAACAAAUCCACUUUAUAAAAGAAUUUGAGGCUGUGUCCACACUUCCAUUUAUCAUUCAUUCACUUCAUUUCCAGUGCUGGUUUUUUUUAUUCCGUAUUCACAUGACAUUAUAUUAAAUGCAUGGGCACCCUGUAAUUUGUUGUGAAAUAUUGCUGUUUGAUGCAGUGUUUCUCAAACGAGUUUCAGGAUCAUUGGAUUAAGCCAUUCCUAUGACACUAAGCCAUGCUCGUGUCAACAGCUAGAUGGAAAGUGCUGUGAAAUGCUUUAAGGUGCUAAUGUGAACACACCCUGACUCUUUGUGGUUUGGAAAGUGAAAUGCAUGAAAUGGUUUUGGAACGCAAACGCUCCCUCCCUUCCUUUAUUUCAGACUUCGGUAUCAGCUGGAAUAAAUGCACCACCUGUGAGUAUCAAUUUCCUAGAAACAGGAUUUUACAUCAUUCAACUUGUUUUUGAAAUAAAAGCAUUUCCUUCCUUUUCUCUUUCAGCCUCCACCACCUCCUGGUGGAAGUCAACCUGUGAGUAUCAAAUUCUUACAAACAGUAUUCUAAAUAUUUUGCAGUGUUUUGAAACAGAAGCAUUUCCUUCCUUUUCCCUUUCAGCCUCCACCACCACCUGGUGGAAGUCAACCUGUGAGUAUCAAUUUCCUACAAACAGGAUUUUUGCGUCUCUUGCAUUGCUUUGAAAUAGAAACAUUUCUUUCCUUUUUCCUUUCAGCCUCCUCCACCACCUGCCGGAAGUCCAUCUGUGAGUAUUAAUUUCCUACAAACAGGAUUCUACAUCUCUUGCAUUGCAUUGAAAUAGAACCAUUUCCUUCCUUUUCUCUUUCAGCCUCCUCCUCCACCACCUUUUGAAAGUCAGGAACCUGUGAGUAUUAAUUUCCUAGAAGCAGUAUUUUGCAUCCUGGUUGAGCAGUCCAAUGAGGAAGGGGGAAUCUGUGCUGGUAGUACCAGCAAAUCCUGAGCCCUGCCAGUCUUGCCCCAGUCAGCACAGCUAGAGCUCAGAACAAUUUCUGUUAUUAGGCACUGUACUAAAAUGUACAUAAGUUCAUUUAAUCAUGUUUAUACUUCUUAUUGGCUACCACUUAUAUAUUUAAUUUUUAAAUUGCUGCAUAUAUAGGUGAAAAAAAUAAAUCAUGUUCAGGUUUUUUGCAUUUAGUGAUUGGUCAGGAAUUAUAUCCUCUAAGUUUGGUCUUCUUACUCAGGAAAAGAAGUAUACCAGCUUUAGGAUUGUGUUAUGUCUUGCCUCUUUCAGAGUUCUUCAGGGUCUCUGUUCCCCCCACAGAACAUUCUUAGUAAUACAAUGCAAUGCUUCUUGUCAGUUUUAAGAAUGCCUCCUAUGAAUAAGCAAUGGCAGAAAUGAAGCAGAAUCGUUUUAAUUAAUUUCAACCAUUAAUUAAUGUGUUUUCAUUGCUUUCACUUAGAAACAAGUUAGACAUAAACGGGAGUGCAUUCUUUUCAUUAUUCAUCAUUUCCGAAACGCAAGCGCACUUGUUUGGUUUUCUUUUCCUUCACCCUCUUAUGUAGCGUUGAAGUACAGUAAUACAGGGGAAAGCUCAGUUCAAUGCACUUUUAUAGCUUUCAGUGAACAGCCAUUGUAACUUUUCGGAGAACACAAAGUUAAAUUUCAGAAGUACAAUUUCAGUUUUUUACUGGGAGAGCAACUUUCCUUUCCAACUGCAAGGACUGUGCAGCCAUCAAAGAGAUACAAGUGAUCUGGAUGUGGCUCAGUUACCCCUUAGGUGAGCUGGCAGGUGUAGCUAUUAACAGCAUAAGCUGGAAGACUGGAUGCUCAUGGUUCAAGUAGCCCUGUGAAUAUGAGCAUAAUAACAUCAACUUGGGAUAGUAGUAGUUUAUUGAGAUUAAUUGUGGCACACUGGUUAGAGUCACUCCACUUUAGCAAAUGCAGCCCCCUUGAUAUUUGUUUGAGGGGGCCCAGCACGUGUGUGGCAGCUUCAGUGCUCAGCUCCUCCAGACGUCAUACAUGUGAUGCACCCCAGACCCCCCUAAAACUUGGGGGCAACCUGGCGCCUCUGUUUUCUUCAGUUGGCAGUUACAUAUGUGGCAAUAAGGGGAAGGGGAUAUGGGAAAUAUAGCCACAUGACAAUGAAAUGCAAAAAAGAACAGUCUGCAAUGAUUCAGUAUAAAACCUGAUGAACAAAAUGGUCAUUCACAGCAGCUGUAAUUGUGAACACAAUCACCCCUGCUCUGCUGUGGGGCAGGAAGUAAUUAAUGUUACAUCUGCAGUAGUUACGGAAAAGAAGUGUUUUGGAGUACAAAAUAAGGUUUUGUGUUUUGAAAGACCCAUCUGUUUCAAGCUCUCUUUAAAUCUUUAUGAAUUAAAGCUUGAAAUAGAUGGAUAUUUCGAAAUGAUCUUGUAAUCUACCCAAAUACUUUGACUUUUUAAAAGCAAACUUCUUCUCCUUCAAACUGAAGCACUCGGUGAAAGAUUCCUGACACCCACUCAAAAAAGAAACAGCAGAUUCUCCUCAGAUCUAGUUGUUUCUUAUUAUAAUGUGUACUUUCCCUUUUUUACAACAUGCUUAUAUGUCCAUGCCCUUAUUGCCCUAUCCAUUCCUCCUCAAAAGCCUAGCUUGAGUAUUUCCUGUACCUUUUCAGGAUGCAAUCAUUUGUAGGAUCCACUUGAUGUCCUCAGUAGCCUCUUACUUAAUCUUUUCAAGCACUUUCUAAAAUAGUGACUUAAUGAUGCACCCUCACCCACUCCUUCUAGCAAUUACAUGAUGAUUUUUCCCCCGUGAGUUCAAGCGCAUCAACGUUGUUGUUGUUUUGCACUUGGUCUGAGAUGGUUGCCUGCAUUUUGUUUUUCCAGGCACCAUAA